AUGGCCGGCCUGAGCAAGAUCUCCCCCUCCAUGGACCGGCAACCAACGAUGGAAGCCAUCAAGCUCCUCCCGCCCGCUGAUCGAGAUGAUUUGGCGGAUGAGCCCAAGGGCAUGUUCUGCCACCCCAUCUCGUGCUGCCUGCAGACCUUGCUCUGCCCGCUCAGCUUUGGUACAAGCUGCCUCGCAUCCUUUUUUGUUUUGGAUGUCCAAUCCGAAGCCGUGAUUUUGCGCUUUGGCAAUUACGAACGCACCGUGCGCAAGCCCGGCCUCCACUACUCCAACGUCUUUGGGCGCAGCAAACGCGUCAUCAGCACCAAACUGCAGUCCAUGGACCUGCCCGCCAAAAGCCGCACCGUGAUGGAUCGUGAGGGCAACCCCCUCGUCAUCUCUGCCGUGGUGACCUACCAAUUUGUCGACUCGUACAAGGCCGCGCUCGAGGUGGAAAAUCCUCGUACUUUUCUCAUCACCCAGGGUGAAACUGUUCUCAAGGACGUUAUGGGACAAUUCCCCUACGAGGCAGCCGAGGGCGUCCCGUCCCUGCGCACCCACUCACACGAAGUCUCCGCCAUGCUGCGUGAGCGCUUGCAGGCGCUUGUCCACGUAUCGGGCAUUCAUGUGCACUCUUUUGGCCUCAAGGAAAUCUCAUAUGCACCCGUCAUUGCAGCUGCCAUGCUGAAACGCCAGCAGGCCUCGGCCAUGGUGCAAGCCCGCUCAACCAUUGUCAAUGGCGCCGUUGACAUUGCUGCCUCGGCACUCAAUGCUCUCAAGCUCAAUGGCGUUGAGAUGCAGGAACAUGAAUCGGCCCGCCUGGUCAGCAAUCUCUUGACAGUCAUUUGCUCAGAUACAGAUGUUCAACCCACAGUCCCCCUCUCAUGAUUUCAGGCAAAGGCAAGCUGCCGACUUGGUUAUUUUCCCAUGUGAAUGAGUAAUAUGGCCAAUGAUGUGCUCAAAGCCAGUCGUUCAACGUACACACACUGCACGCAACAAUUAAUCGAUUCUUCUGAAAGUCUGUCGGUUGUUCGGAGAUGGAGCCCAAUCCACAAACGCUAAUGGCGCAAAAUCGGCACAUGAAAGCCACACAUGCGGCUCAUGCUUCCAAGCCAGCACGCUCCGAAUUGGUGGGGCCAGAAGCGCAAGUAUACCCGUGAUAACAAUCGAAAGAAAACCUCUAAUCACUACAACUAAACAAAAAAAAAAACAUGCCAAAGAAAACGAACAAACAAACGAAAAUCUUUCCAGUCAAACCUUCCAACUCAUCCCACCCAACCUUACAAUCACAAGAUUUCAAGGCCGGGACGAGCAAGUCAUGCCGAAUUAGCCUCGUUGCGUCGAGGUCAAACAGGAUGGUACCUAAUACACCGAUGAUUCUGCUCACAUGGAAAAAGAGCACACAACCCCCAUACAAGACAAGAGGGCGCGACAAGAGACAAUCACAUGACAAGCAAACAAAGAGUCAAUCC